AUGACUGUAUAUAUAGUUGGCUACAAUGUUGGCGUACGAUGGUGGAAAGGCCCAGAUCAUCCUGUAAAUCGGUUUACUUGGAGGAAAAUGGAAGCCGAAGGUCAACUUUCUGAAGAAAUGCUCAAGAAGAAGAAAACAGUACUAGAUUACUACAAGUCGAGAUUUUUUGGCACCUUAACAGACCCUUACUCUACUUCUGAUGAAAUGUAG